UGAUUUUACGUCAGUUGUCAUUUGUCAUGUCAACUCAACGUGGUCGUGCUUAAUAUUUUUGUUGAUUUUAUUUUAAAUAAUAAUGUCGAUGUUAGCGGAGCCCCGUCGAAAACAACGGGUAAUAAACCUACGCGCGAAGAAUAAUGCUUGGAGUAAUGAUGCGAACAAAUUUGGCCAGCGUAUGUUAGAGAAAAUGGGUUGGAGUUCUGGAAAGGGGUUAGGUGCAAAAGAAAACGGAAUUGUGGAGCAUGUAAUCGCUCGGUACAAGAAUGAUGAGAAAGGUUUGGGUUAUGAAGACAAAAACGACCAGUGGACCAAACAUGAGGAUGAUUUCAAUGCAUUAUUGGCUAAUUUAUCAAACGACAAAGACUCGGGAAAUGAAGUGUUACACAGUGGAGUAUCCUUAGAAAAGAAAUCGAAAAAAAGUAAAGCCAGGAUUCAUUACCACAAAUUUACCCGAGGAAAAGAUAUAUCCCGUUAUAGUGAAAAAGACUUAGCAAAUAUCUUUGGUAAAAAGAGUUUUAAAAAUAAAAGUGAGGAUGUAGAAGAAACCGUUAAAGAUGAGGGAGAUACAGCUGAAAAAGUAUUUACAGAAAAGGGCAGCAUGGAAGAUUACUUCAAAUCUAAACUGGCCGCUUUGAAAUCAAAGAAUAAAAUCACCCCUUCAUUUAAUGAUAAUAGUAAUGAUAAUUGUGAUUUCGCAUUCAGAGGGUUUUCUUGCACUAAUGAUGAUGAAAAUUCAAAUGAAAACACUGAAAAUAAUUCUAUAAACACAACGGAGAAUCAGGAAAUUUGCCAAGACAACAAUAUUGAGGAAAUGCCUAAAAAAGUGAAAAAGAAGAAAUCAAAAAACAAGGAACCUGUCUCUGAUAAUGACAAUAAUGAAACUGAUUAUGUUUUCCAAGGAUUCUCAUUUUCUGAUGCAGUAGGUGAUAAUGACAGUAAAACUGACUUGCCCACAGAUUCGAUAGACUCAAGUUUACCUAAAAAGGACAAGAAAAAGAAGAAAAAACCUAAAGACAAUGAAAUAAAUGUAGAUGAGAAUAUCACUGAAGAUAUGGAAUCGAAAAAAGGAAAAAAGAAAAAGAAUAAAGAUAUUAAUUGUGAAUUUGAUAAAUCAUGUUUGGAGGAACAAAAUAUUGAUGAUGAAGGGGCUCCCAAAAAGAAAAAGAAAAGAAAAAAUAAACAUUUAUAACAUAUUGUUUA